CAGCCCAGCGCCGAGGUGAGAGUGAGUGUCACAUCAAAAAAUCCAACAGCUUUGUUCGACCUGCCAUGUGGUUACAGUCGCCCCACAAAGAAAGAGUGCCUGGCGUGCCUGGGAAGGCGCAGCAGCAAGUUCCAGAGUGGAGUGACGUAUUGGAUCCAACCACAAUGCGAGAGCCGAUCAACGGCCUCCGUCUUUCAUCGACAAGAUGACGGGUAACGUCAUUCGAUACCCGUUUGUAAGGCGCAUUCCAUUCUUGGCUUCAAUACAAAUAAAUACAGAAGGAUUUUCCCUCUGGGCGAUCCUCUGCCAGGUUCAAUUCUCUUGCAUCGUGAAGAGACCACUUUCACUCUUUGAACCAGAUCGUGACACACAACCAACAAACCCCAACCCCACAGUAUCACCAAAAAAAUGGCCGACCAAGUCCGCGCCAAAAUCACGGCCGCCGCCGCCAAAAACAAGGAACUCCUUGCCAUCCUCCAACAAACCGACCACGCCAUCCCCUCACUAGAACAACAGCGCCGCCUCGUCAAGGAUCUCGAAGGCGAGGUCAGAGCCUCAGACGCGCGCGUCGCAGCGGUAGACCGCAAGCGCAAAAAGGAAUACCACGAACACGAGAAAUACCGUGACUCUGUCCUCAAGCGCUUUGCUUACAAGGCUACCGGCAAGCGCGAAAAGUUUGAACAGAGGGCUGCCAAGGAGGAGCAAGAGUAUUUUGAGGCGCUUCAAGAAGAACACCGAGAAACGGAAAUCAACAAGGACGUCAAGAUUCAGUUGCAGGAGGCGAGGCGAGUGGCUGCUGACUUGGAGAGGGAUGUGGCGAGACAUAACGAUGUGCAAAAGCAGUUGGAUGAGCUGUACGGCAGAAUCUUUGGCGGGCCGACACCGGGGUAUCCGGAGGAGGAUGAGCAGGAGCGAGAGGCCAAUGCAAGGACUCAGGCGUACCAGGCUACCAAGGGCAAGUCAGAGGCGGAGAGGCAGGCUUUGAAGAUUUUGGGAGAGGGUCAGUUGAGGAUGAAGAGAGCGCUGGGCUUCAUGGAGGAGGCGUUGAUGCACUCGAGGCGGGAUAUGUUUGGUGGCGGGACCUUUACGGACAUGAUGGAGCGAAAUGCGCUGUCGCAGGCUGAGAGGGAGGUCAUGUCGGCAAACAUGCUGGUGAUGCAGGCUCAGCGCAUGAGCCCAAGAGUCACCAACCUGCCGCAGGUCAAUAUCGACCAAGGCAACUUGAUGAUGGAUGUAUUCUUUGACAACAUUUUCACCGACAUGGCGUUCCACGACAAGAUCAAGGCUUCAAGGGAGAGUGUGUUGCGGGCAGCCAUGGCGAUGGACGGGCAGGUUGCCGCUGCAAGGCAAAGGGUGGCCCAGUUCGAGGGACAGCUGAGGGUGGAGGAGCAGAGUAUGAGGGAGGCUCGCGAAAAGCUGCAAAAGGUCAGAGAGAGGGUGUUUGAGACUGUGGCAGCAAGUACACCACCGCCGGCAUAUGAGCCUUGA